CAUUUUAUUGCCAUAUAAAGUUAGACACAAUAUAAAAAUAUACAUAAUAGUAUAGACACAACACAGUGCAGGCUGGAACCUAACCAGAAGUGUGAAAUUAAUCCAAUAAAACAGUACAGGCUGUGGCCAUAAGCAUUUUAUAAUAAAAUAAUGGUAGGUCCAAAAGUUUCCCAAUAGAACACUGUAUUGUCACAACUUGGUCAAUGUUAUUUACUCAUACGGUCAGCUUUUUCUAAAAACUGAAACAUAAAGAUCUCUGUGUAAAAUAUUCUGUAAAUGGUAAAUAUUAAAUUUCAAUCAAAUGCAUGUCACUGAGGUUGGUGCAUUUUACAUAAGAAAGUCAAGCUCUUACCGUAUUCAGUCGUAAAAUUGUCUGUUGCAAAUAGAGCUACAAAUAAAGAUUAUUUUUGACAGCCUCGAUUUUCUUUUGUAAAAGAAAAUCAUCCUCCAAGCCCAAAGGUGGGAAAAAAAAAUACGAAACAAAAAUCUAAUAAUCAUGAUAUAGUGUAAAAAGAGAAUCUGAAGGGGAAUUCAUCACUUCAACACUCAAACUCUGCAGGUAUACCAGGUCUGAAACCAGACAAUCCAAGGUAAAUAUCUCUAUCUUUUCUGCUUAUAUAUAAUAUUUGUGCAAUAUUUUGUUCAAAGUCACAACUAAGUCCCAAGCAACUCGCACAGAUAGCAUACUAAAAGUGAACUUUUUUCACGACCAGUUCAGUCACACUGUACUAUAUGUUACACAGUUAUGGGGACGUCUAUCAAAAACAAACAACAAAAAAACGCCCCAUCGCUUCCUUCUGGCAGAAAAUCAUUUCUUGGAUCUUCAUCCUCGUGCGCGCUCUCGCACCUCCUUCGAGCGCGAGAGGGUAACCGAGCGGGAGCGCGCUUGGCACGGCGCCGCGCACUCCAGCCCCUGUUUGUAGUAACCAAGAGCAGUAGAGCUCUCAGCUAGACAUGGCGGCGGAUCCUAAGCCGGACUGGCUCUCCUGCCUUCCCUCUACUUGGAGUUAUGGGGUGACUCGAGAUGGACGCAUAUUCUUUAUCAACGAAGAAGCAAAGAGUACAACCUGGUUGCAUCCUGUGACUGGAGAAGCCGUAAUCACGGGGCACAGAAAAACUCCAGAUUUACCAACAGGAUGGGAGGAAGGAUACACAUUCGAAGGAGCCCGCUGCUUCAUCAACCACAAUGAGCGAAAGGUGACUUGUAAGCACCCGGUGUCAGGCAUCCCCUCCCAAGACAACUGCAUCUUUGUCGUGAAUGAACAUGUGAAUUGUGGAAAGCUUGUUCACCCUGACACACCCCUAGAAGCUCUCACCAGGCCGGCUCCUAAGGCUUCUUCAGAUCAGGGAAGCAGCAGCGACAAGAAGGAACGUCCUAUGAGCACCAUGAGCGAGGCCUCAAACUACACAGGUGGCUCCGAUUACAGCACCUUCCCAGGCAGCCCGGCCACCGUUAAUACUGCCACCACCACCACCACCACCACCACCACCACCUCCACUUCAUCUACACGGCCUUCCAGGUCUUCCAAGAAAGUCCACAACUUUGGCAAAAGGUCCAACUCCAUCAAGAGGAACCUCAAUGCCCCGGUGGUCAAGAGUAACUGGCUCUACAAACAGGACAGCACCGGCAUGAAGCUGUGGAAGAAGAGGUGGUUUGUUCUGUCGGACAUGUGCCUGUUCUAUUACCGUGAUGAAAAAGAGGACAGCAUCCUGGGAAGUAUCCUGCUGCCCAGCUUUCACAUCUCCAUGCUGUCAGUGGAUGACCACAUCAGCAGGAAAUACGCCUUCAAGGCCACUCACCCCAACAUGCGAACAUACUAUUUCUGCACUGACACAGCCAAAGAGAUGGAGUCCUGGAUGAAAGUCAUGACAGACGCUGCCCUUGUCCACAGUGAACCCAUCAGAAGACUGGACAAGUUGAAAGUGGACCAGCGGACGCCUCAAGAGUUAAACAACUUACUGAACCACAAAGUUCUAACACGGCCCGAGAUCCAGAACAAUGAACGCAACAGAGAGCCCAUGCGACAACACUCCCUGUCGCGGGCUGAUGACAAAAGGCAAAAAGACGCCGAAAAACACAAUAGCCAGAGGGAGAGGGAAUAUUACACCCUGCAGAGAGAUGGAGAGAGAUACUCGCUGAAGAAAGACGGAGUGAGCUACAUGCUUCAGAAGGACGGCGAGAGGUAUCUCCUUCACAAGGACGGAGAGAAGUACCUGCUGCGAAAGGAUGGGGACAAAUACUCGCUCCAGAAGGAUGGAGAGGUGUAUGCCAUUCACAGGGAUCUGGAGAAGUAUGCUGUUCAGAAAGUGGAUGAUAAGUACACCGUAAUGCAAACGGAGGAGAAGUAUGCUCCUUCCAAAGACGGAGAGAAAUAUCUGCUCACAAAGGAUGGAGAAAAGUAUGCACUGCAGAAAGUGGGUGACCGGCACACACUUCAGAAAGAUGGACAGAAAUAUGUUCCUCAAAAGGAAGUGAAGAGAGCGCUGUCAUUAAAGGAGACCGAAAGGUACGGCAUGGUGAGAGAGACGGACAAUAAAUACGGUACCAUCCAAAUUGUGGACAAAUAUGGCACGGUGAAGGAAGUGAAGAAAUACAGUACACUCCGAGAGGGGAAUAAAUACGCUACUCUGAGAGACGCAGGGAAGUACGCAACUCUUCGUGAUGGGGAUAAAUAUGGCUUCCAGAGAGACCCAAGUGCGGAGAGGUCUCUGACUAAAAUCAGCAGCAUCAAGUUGCAGCCAGCUCAGGCUGCUGCUAUUGCAGCUGCGGUGUCUGCAUCGCGCCAAAGCCAGGCCAGUCUCAAUGCCCAGAAACCGGCGCAGGUCAACGGCUCAGAGUCGGGGACAGGAGAACAACAUGGGGACUGCAGCACGACAGAGGCGGACGGGAGACAGUCCAGGGCUCCUGUGAUGUCCCCGGCUCCAGUCCAGGAGCCAGAGAGGGGCCUGUCCCGGACCAACUCCAUGCAGCAGCUGGAGCACUGGGUUCGUGCACAGAGGACGCAGGGACUGGAUGAUGACACGAGGAGUGUUACAUCCUACCAGACCUUACCUCGGAACAUGCCCAGCCACCGCCCCCAAAUGGUGCCCCGCUACCCUGAGGGUUAUCGCACGCUGCCCCGCAACAGCAUCGCGAGGCCAGACAGCAUCUCCAGCGUUGCAGGCUCCGUGUACGACCGGGCUCUCCGCCCGGCCUCCACCACCACCGUCACCACAGCGGAGAAGAGGAGGUCGAUGAGGGACGACACCAUGUGGCAGCUGUACGAGUGGCAGCAGAGACAGGCCUUCUCCAGGCAAAGUCUGGCUCAGCCAGCAGCUGUGGGUCAUUAUGGCACCCUUCCCAGCACAAAGACCAUGGGCAACAUCUCCGAACAUGCCGUGGCUCACUCCAUUCCCACCUCACCGUCUCAUGGCUCCCUCGCUCUCUACAGCACCUUCUCCCCUCCCCGGCAGCAGGUUGCUCACAAUCCCGGCAGCUCCAUCUCCGAGGUGUCCUCGCCUGUCUUUAGGGGGGAUGUGACGCUGGACCGCAGACAGAGGGCACAGCUCGCUAAGUACGGCUACCCACCUGACCGACGAUCCGUUUCAGCCAGCGUCCCCCCUCAGACCAUCACCCCACAGACACUGCAAGGCAAGACGCCCGAGGAGCUGACACUGCUGCUGAUCAAGCUCCGCCGGCAACAGGCGGAGCUCAACAGCCUGCGGGAACACACAGUAGCUCAGCUAAUGGCCCUUGGUAUGGAGGGGCCCAACGCCAAGACUGACGUUCUCUCUCAUCAUCUCCAACGGAACCUUGUUUACCUGGACAGCCAGACGAAGGAGAAUGAGCCUCUAAUCUUCAUGAUACACACUAUGAUCGAGAACUCUGCACCAAGGCCGCAACUCUACCAGCAAGUCACUCCAGAGGACUACAAGGACAGCUCCUUCACCCAGCACACAGACGAGGCUGACAUAGAUACCAAGCUGAGCAGGCUCUGCGAGCAGGACAAGUCAUUGAGGAUGCAGGAGGAGAAAGUGCAGCAGCUACACAGAGAGAAGCACACUUUGGAGACAGCCCUGCUGUCUGCCAGUCAGGAGCUGAGUGAACAGAGUGGCUCCAACGCCGCAGCCACACAGAGCCUGGUCCAGCAGAGAGACGUGCUGCAGAACGGCCUCCUCAGCACCUGCAGAGAGCUGUCCAGAGUCAACACCGAGCUGGAGCGUUCCUGGAGGGAAUACGACCGGCUGGAGGCAGAAGUCUCUCUGGCCAAGACCAACCUGCUGGAGCAGCUGGAGGCCCUGGGCAGCCCACAGACAGAGCCUCCUAGUCAGCGGCACAUCCAGAUCCAGAAGGAGCUGUGGAGGAUCCAGGACGUGAUGGAGGCUCUGUCCAAAAAUAAACCACAGCGGAGCACAGACAGCGGUUUUCCAGGAUCCAAACCUCUCUCCAGUCAGCAGAAGAACGAGGCAGUGACGCUGCUGCCACUAAGUCCUCUCAAGGAGGGGAGCGGCGUGCCCCCCCGCCCGCCCCUCCCUCAGUACUACGACUCAUCAGAGCGCCCCCCUCACGUGCCCCCCCACACCUCACACCCCGGUGGCCGACUGCCCCCCCAUAUUCACCGCCCUGAAGACCGCAAGGCCGGCGCCAGGAACGGAGCGCACAGCCAAGCUCCAGACUAUCGGCUGUAUAAGAGCGAACCUGAGCUCACCACCGUGAAGGAGGAAGUGGACGAGGCCAACGGCGAGGACAAGGACAAAGCCGAGGCGUCUGCUGAGAGCAAAGACACUGCAGCCUCAAAAGUGCCCUCCUACCCCGUGGGUAUCGUCCCCCCCAGGACCAAAUCUCCCAUGAGCCCUCCUGAGUCCUCGACCAUCGCCUCCUAUGUCACCUUGAGGAAGACCAAGAAACCUGAAUCCAAAUCUGAUCGGCCCAGGAGUGCAGUGGAUCAGAUUGGAUUCGUGGAGCGAGAGGUGGGCAGAACGAGGAUGAGCGUGGAGGAGCAGCUGGAGAGGAUAAGGAGAAACCAGCAGGCCUCGUCGCUCCGCGAGAAGAAGAGAGAAGUGCCAUCCCGCUCGCCCUCCUUCAGCAAGGAGAACCCGUUCGUUAUCCUGCAGAGUCGCGCCCAGGCCGAGGGGGCUUGUGCGGACCCCGUGGAACUGGAGGCGGCCCUGCAGCAGCUGAAGGUGGCUCACAUGGCGCAGAGCAGGACGGAGAGAGAGCAGGCUGCAUCACAGGAGGCGCAGGGAGCGGAGGAGACGAAGAAUGGCAAGCGCGAGGAGGUGCAGCAGGACAGGGGCACUGCCUUGCAGGGUACGAAGGAGCCACAGGCUGAGACAAACAGCAUAGACAAUGAGCUGUGCGAAAGCCAAAGGGUAGUGAUUGUGGACCUGGGCACGGAGCCUCGGCGCGUGGAGAUUGUCAACUUUCAGCCGUUCGAGGACGAUGAAAGCAGAGAGCACGAUCUGACCAGCUCGCCCACAAACACUACCACUGAAAACAGCUUCCAGACUCCAGAGCCGGAGACGCCGAGCCCAGAGCCCAAAGAGGAGGAGACAGAUGGCAUGCAACAAAUGAACAGAGAGGAGAACCUUGGGAAGAGCCUGGAUUCAUACAACCAGCUGACAGCGGACGACAAGAAACACAACAACAACAUGCUGGCUUCACAGACAUUCACGUUGGUGAGCGACACGUGAGUGACGCUGGCCUCGACAUCCAUAGAGCCCAAAUGUAGCCAGCCUGCACAGAGCAUGCUCCAUGGCUUCCUGCGUUUACAACACAACUCCUUUGACACUACUGUUACAUGCCCACACGGAGACUGAGACUCGGAGUGUGACGGCCCCGCUAACAGACUGACCGACACCCAGAUGGAUCGACAGCCGUCACAUCUGAGAGAGAGGCAGAUGUACUGUAUCUCUAGCACCUGUUAGAUCUGUUCAUACUGAUAUGUCCUCCAGCAAAACUGAAUUCUAUGGAGUCCUGCCUGUCCCAAAACAUUUCUGCAUAUAGAAAAGAGUGUGAAAUGGUAUAGUCACGAAAAGGAUCAUACAUUAAAUCUGAAAUAUAUAUGAGCAACCCUAGGGAUGAAGUCAAGGCUGAUGCAGAUGUGAAGUAGUUCUUUGCUCAAGGGCAUCUCAGCCAUGCUAUUGAGAGCAAUCCUAGUGGCCCCUGAUUUUACAAGUCAGGAUUAAAUAACUUUUUUGGACUGCUUUUUCGUUGUUGUUGUACUUCACUGCAGCUGGAGAGCUGGAAGCAUGAAGUGGAUGUGAGUGUUUCAAAAAGGCUUUAACACAAAUCUCCUUAAUCCAGUGUUGGAAAGUGUUUCUGAAGCAAAAAGUACUUCAUAUACGGUUUAUAGCCUGGUCUGCCCCUCCAAGUAUGAGAACAGAACAAGCUACAUGCAACUGUCACCUGUGGCUGUACAUUUUGAUGAGACAGCAAUAGAACAAGAUUAAAAAUUCAGGUAGAUGCAAUUAGUUUUCCUCCAGGGUGACGUAAUUGGAGACAGCAUGAGCAGCUCAGACAUUCACCACAAGGUCUGGCUCUAAAAGACGCUUCCCCUUGAAGAGAACCACUUCAAUAACAUAGGCGUAUAUAAUAUCAACUAUAAUAUCAAGGCAUCCUGGAUUUUUUAAGCAGUUGUUAGUCCACAUCUAGGAGUUGCCUAGCGCUUUUCUCCUGGAGUAAGGGUAGAGAUCCAUCGGAGACAGCAGCCGUUAGAAUAUUCUCCUGCGUCCCAGACGCUGUCGGGGUUUAUUUGCAUACAGAGCGCGAAACUGAGAUCGGACCUGGAGAUCUGCAUGUUUAGGCUGGGUGUGAACACACGUAGCUAAAGCUGGUCCCUGGCAACUGGUCCCAGACCGGAUCUUAAUGCAAGGUCUGAACAGGGCCCAAAUGUGGUCAGAUCUCAGUGCAUCCCCAGCCUGUUCACACCUGUGUUGCAUGAUUGGAUCGCCCAGAUUGGAUCUUAAUGCAAGACCUGAACAGGCUCCUAGGAUGUGAGGGUCAUGUUCAUGUCGUGCGGUGAAGAUGGAAAACAAGACUGCUGGCUGAAUUCUAGUGGUCUGUAGAGGCAAAGCAGGAACUGAAGUUCAGUGCAGUGCUUCGGAUUUACUGGUCAGUCCACAUUAAGAACACAGUGUGGGUGGCUUCGUUACGGAAACAGGAUAAGGACAUCUGUUUGGGACAGGUGUUAGGGGUUUGUAACCUUAUCCAGGGGUCUUCCAGGCAUAUGAAACUGGAAGGGGACUUUUUUGCACAUGUUUUUGGAUAUCACAUAAAUUGUGAAGACUCAGCUCAGUUUUGUUGGCAGUCUCAGUAUUAGCUAGCCCACUGCCUAAUGCCAAAUGAGUACAUAUUUCUCAUCAUUUGUGGACAGAAUUAGAGCUAUAAAUAACUAAACCAUUUCACAAUUUUGACUGUAUGUAUGACUUGUUUUGGGGGGUAAUAUACACCAUAGAAGUGUGCUGCCAAAUACAUACACACACACACACACAUCAGUAUACAGAGCUUUUGAUACUUUACUUAGUACAACGUAUUAAAGUCAUCUUAACACAAUAAUUGUUGUAAUCCACAGACCUUGUAAGAGUGGGUGUUAGCUGUGAGAGGCAGUGUACAGCUGUAAAUAGGUGCACUUGAGAAGUCUCACUGCAGAUGAGCUAAGCACCAGAACUCGACACACAUGCAGUGCUUUAUUUUAACCCCAAAGUGACCGCUGAUGCUCUUUGGCUUUAACCCGCUCUGUUUUUAAUAGUUUGGGUUUAUUUGAGAUAAGAAAAAGUCUCUCCUAUCGCUCUAUUUUCACAUCUUUUGCACCGGCAACAUAACAGUCAUUAAAUGGAUAUACAUAUAUAAAUAUAUAUAUAUAAACAAAGUAUAUAUAUAUGAACAUAAAGCCAAUUUUUACUUCAACAAGGUGCCACUUCAGCUGCUGCUGUUUUCCUCCGUUUUGUUUUUGGACCCGGGCUAAGUAUUUUUUUGAAGUUGUGAUUAUUUAUGCUGAGCAGAUGGUUUGAAUCUCCUGAGGUCUGACGGGCUGCGCCUCCAGAGUACACUUUGGAUGUGCAGUCUGCCUUUUUCAGUUCGUGUGUCCUUUUCUUUUUCUCCCUCUUUUGGUUUGCAUUAUGUAGAAGACACAGAGAGGACAGGAAGUGGCUACUGGGUUUGAUUCUGUCCUAGGCGGUGAAGAAUCAGAAUAGCACACGUACGAAGCAAUAAGUAGGACUUUGGCGCUCCAGGACGUAAAAGAAAUUUAAAAGAGGUGUAUAAACUGUAAAAAAAAAUAAUAAUAAAUAAAUAAAUGAAUAAAUAAAACCAGAUAACAUAAUUUAUGUACACAAUGAAAAAAGAAAAAGAGUGAAUAUUAUAACUCCAAGAGGUUAUUAUUAAUAUUAAUAGGGUCAAUAUGCAAAAAGUUCAUACCCCAUCUGUUUUAUAUCAUAUGAAAUAAAUGUUGAUGUUCUUAAAA